AUGGUACAAGUACAAAGAAGAUUUUCUUACUAUAAAUUUCUAAAAACAUCAUUGGUUCUAAGUUUAACUAUGCUUACUAUAUUUGGAUACAUUUUAGUAAAUAGUGAUUAUUUUUUUCCAGUAGAAAUCGAAAAAUUUUAUAUUGAAAAAUCCGCAAUAGUAGAAAAUACAAGGCUUGUUAAUACAAGUGUAUAUUGUUAUAUGAACACUACAUUACAAAUAUUGUACCGUAUUAAUAGUUUUAAAGAACAUAUCCAUAGUAAGAGGACAACUGGAAAUCAAGACUCGUUUUAUUUUUUAUUACAACGUAUUUUCAGUCUUAUGGAUGCUUCUUUCUCUGUUGAUCUAACACCGUUAUAUGAAAAGUUUAUUUCUCUAAUCGCUGUUAAAUAUAAAUCUGCAAAUCUUAUUUCAAAAAAAAGUAUGGAGUGUAGUUUCCAAUUGCUUCAACUUAUUCUUAGUGCGCUUAUUAAUGAAGACAAGGAUGAUUUUGAUAUUCAAUUUUACAAAAAUUAUAAUUCUAUUGGAGAUUCGUGGGUUAGAGAUCUAUUCUUUUUAAAAUUGAAUAGUUCAGAUAAAGAUAGUACUGCUGAAGUUUUUAUUGGUAUAGAUGAUACUAAAAACGCUUUAAAUUUACAAGCAUAUAUUAACGAUUUAUAUACUGGGAAUACACCGAAAAUUACGAAUCCACUACCGGCGGUAUUAGCUUUACAAAAUAUUAAUAAUGAAGGCGAAUACUAUAUUCACUACGCUAAAAUUCCAGAAUAUUUAACUGUUGGAACAGUUAAAUAUAAAUUUUUCGGCUAUUCUUGGAUUAGUAAAAGGCCUAUUAGUGGGGAUGCUGGCGGUCAUUACAUUGCCUGUAUAUUGUACAAGGAUAUGUGGAUUUAUCUUAACGAUGAAUCAGAAAUUACUUAUACUAAACCGAAGUACAAUGAAAAGAUUUCUAGUGUUUAUGGUAUUUUUUAUAUUAGAGAAGAACAAUAA